AUGCCCCCGAAGGCAGAUUCCGUCGCAGUGAUAUCCCUUGGUCCUGAUGGGAAAUUAAGACCAAGGUGCCUGACAGCAGGAGGUCGACCUAUCUGCAAAUUCUGUCACCACUUCAUAGUUUGGGGCGGUAUAGCAGCCGAAAAGCCCCCUCACAGAGUCGAAUUCCCCCACCAUCCUUCUAGCACAUCCCUGAAGAAAUGCGUGGAUUCGGGAAAAUGCGUCCUCUGUGCUAUCCUCUAUCACUCACUGCUUGACAGUCGUCGACCUAUCGAAGAUGUGGACCUACCAGAUCGACAGAUUCGACUUGGGACCUUGCCGCCCGAUAACGAUGUACCUCUGUAUCGUUUACUGGUUGAGAUUGUGCCGCUCAGUGUCGAGACCGCAGGUCUGCAUACCUUCGAUUUUGAGACGCUGCGGAGAGUAUACUCUAAUUUGAUCGAUGUAUCAACAAUGUCGAGGCAGAAGGGACUAGAUUUUCUUGAGCAUAGAGUGGAAUCUCUCAAACGUAUGCAAAAGCAUCGACCAGGCUGCAGUAAUGAAGUGUGGAGUAUCUUGCUUCCCGAUGACGAAAGAAGAUUCUUCCGAUACACGAAUGAGAUAUCGGCUGAUGAGUACUUUGCUGUCAUCUUACCAUUUUAUCGUGUCGAGAUCCCGUUGCAGUCUAUGUACUUCAAAGAUGGAAUUACAGGAGAUCUACCCAUAAAUCAAGUACUGGAUCAGGCCGAUGAGGAUGGUUUACGCUAUGAUAAGGACACCACAGGGUCUCAAUUUGCACUCAAGCAGAUUCAUGCCUGGAGGGGCAUCUGCAGCCGGCACCAUAAACAAUGCGUUGCGUUCACUCGCCAAGUUGCGAGCCUUAGAUUUGUCCCAAAAAGACUACUCGAUCUCACCAACAUCAAGCUUGAUCCUAAUGGCAACUACCUGGAAGGAAAGCCCGUUUUGAUAUCAGCAGCGUCAUUCGAAGGAUCUCCAAAUAUAUCCUACGCCGCUCUAAGCCAUUGUUGGGGGAAGUUGCAGCCUCUCAGAACACUGAUGUCAAACGUCUCGGACUGGGAGAAAGGAAUUCCUUGGAAGAAAUUUCCCAAAACUUUCAGGGAUGCAUCUUUCAUAGCGAAGAGUCUCGGUAUAGACUAUCUAUGGAUUGACUCUUUGUGCAUCAUGCAAGAUAGCGAGGACGAUUGGAAAGAACAGUCAUCAAUGAUGGGGUUGAUCUAUCGGUGCUCAGUCAUUUGCAUAUCCGCUCUUUCAGCCAAGAACUCGAGCGAAGGCUUGUUCGUGAAGAGAGACAGUCGACUCCAACGACCAUUCAAACUUUGGGAAGCAUCGCCAUGGGACUUCCCAGACAAAGGACCGUUGUAUCUGUUUCCUUUCGCAAAGAAAUAUGGAAAUGAUCCGAAAGGUCCCUUGCAAGAACGAGCGUGGGUGCUGCAAGAGGAACUACUCUCCACUAGACGCAUCAUGUUUGGGCAAGAUAUGGUUUACUGGCAAUGUGUCUCCUGCAAAACAUCAGAGUCUUUACCAAUGUCGAUCUUUACAGCCACUCCUUUUAGGGGCAUCGACGAAAUUGAAUGGAAUCGAAUCUAUCAGCUUGGGAUCGGAGGUGCGUUGGAUCUUUCAAAUCCCGGGUCAAAAGAUGUGGAAAGGUUUUAUAUGUGUUGGCUGCUCAUCAUCCAAGCCUAUUCAAAGAGAAAACUCACCAAAGGAUCCGACAAGCUGGCAGCACUGGCAGGAAUAGCAGCAGAAUAUCAGAAAGCGACAGGAGAUACUUAUCAUGCCGGACUAUGGAGAAAGUACGUGUGGCGAGAAUUACUAUGGCACGUUUCCUCUCCAGGAGCGCCUUGCUUCAACCGCCCGCAGCCUAAAGAACUAAGAGAAAGUGAGCCUAUGAAGGAUUUUGCAGCUCCCACUUGGUCCUGGGCUUCUAUCAACGCUAAAAUCAUGUACUUCUCACUAUACAGACCAGACACUGUUUCUGAUCACGAAGUCUUACUCGAAAUCUUAGACAUUUCAACUUCGCCUUCCUCUCCAUCAGAUAUCUCAAACCAGUACACCGGCACGAUAAAUCUGCGUGGUAAGUUAUCAGUCGCUACGGUACUACUCUAUAGCUCCUCAGAGUCUUACUACGAACUCGCCUGGGAAACCAGAAAGGACCAACCCGCAGACUCAAAUCUGGCUCGAGAAUCGAACUUCUACGACCAUUAUUAUGGGGCCUUGGACAGACUGGCAGCAAUCCGAAAAGGCGUCGACUCCAAGGGCAAGGCUAACGAAGCGAACGACUAUGAUUUUGACACUCUCGUCACAAGCCUGACUGCAAAGCCCGAUGGUCAUUUGCCAGCCUAUAUUCCCAGCGAGGAGGAGCUACAAUAUGAGAUCACAGAUCGAGGGUUCGAUAAAGCGAGGCUGAGAGACGGUAGAUUGCCGUUUCCUGCAACGAGGUACCAUCUUCCAGAUGAUUAUUCUGGACACCCCAUCGUUAGGGAUGAAGAUAGGGUCCAGCUGGGACACUGGGCUCCCGACUACAAGAUUUCCGAGUCAGAGUACACUGUGACUUUUCUCGCAGUAUCUCGUUCGAGAGGCCUUGUGUAUUGUCUGGGGCUUGAGUUGGUUGAUUCGCAGUCACAGCUGUAUAAACGAAUCGGUCUUGGAUUCUGGCAUGAAUUAGCUUGGGAAGAAACGAAUCGCGACUUGCGUAAUGUCGAAUUGAAGAUCAUAUGA